GGGAGACAACGGGAAGACCCCUGCGUACACCCUCCGCCCGAUGUGGCUCGCCCCCUGCCCUUGGCGGGGGGGCAUCUUUUGGCUGGAAAGUUUUCAAAUUGAGAUGUGUAAACAGGCUUUUAAACUCCACUGUAGUUUUCCUUUAUGGUAAUGGUCCGUUGUACAUGCCAGUUCUAAGUUGAGUCCUCAGAAAUGGUCUCGUGGCCAUAACAGCAACCUGUUGUACGUUUUUUAGACUGUUUGAAAUUUGGAGUACAGGCCUCGGAGCAGAGUCUAGAAUGCAUUCUUCCGGAGGGAUCACUAAGAAAAAUUUGUUGCACAUUAUACUUUUAAUCUUUGCUGGGAUGGGAUGCAAGGGCCUUGUGGCAUUUACACCAGAUUACUGUAGUUCGGAGGAGAAAAUGUGUAUAAAUAUGCAAUGAUUGAUAUAUAACAUCACCUCACAGAAGCAAGUGGUAUUACUGAUGACAUUUCUGAGUUUUCAGUUGAUGUAGAAACCUGCUUCUUCCCUAAAGACUUUUAGAGUCACAUGCGUUUGCAAAAAGAAGUUCAAGAUUUUCAUAUAUUUUGCAUUCCUCCUCCUAAAGGCUGGAGGGGUUAAAAGCCUUGUGGGGAUCUUGGCAACUACAGGAUUUGGUGUCCCUGCUCACGCAUGCUCCUUUCUCUCUUGCUGUGGCACCGUAUUUUCUUGUUCAGCAUCUCCCUGGUAUGAAAUCAAACUGACAACAGCAGACUGCUGGAAGUUUGCUUCCCUUGAUGACCGUAGCUGGUUUUGAAUGAGGAACGACAGAAGGCGGCUGUUUUAAACCACCACUGACCUGAGCCAUCAGCAGGAUGAUGGUGCUUUGUUUUCUGAGCAGAACACUGCAACUAGCCAGACAUUCAUCCAGUCCACUGGGGAGACAACUCUGUUCAGCCAGUGCAAAUAAGCCAGUGUUAACUUUAUUCACCAAGAAACCAUGCCCUCUAUGUGAUGAAGCAAGAGAAGAGCUUGAGCCAUAUAAGAGAAGGUUUAUUUUGCAGGAGGUGGAUAUUACCCUUCCAGAUAAUUCAGUGUGGUAUGAUAAAUACAAAUAUGACAUACCUGUUUUUCAUUUAAAUGGAAAGUUCCUAAUGAAGCAUCGAGUAGACAUUCAAAAGUUUGAGGACCAACUUGUGAAGUUGGAGCUACAAAAUGGUGGGAACCAGUGAAAAAAAUGCAGUUGCUCUGGUGUGGAUCUGAAAGGACUGUGCAACAUAAAUUCUGUGAAAAAGCGGUAUUCAUUAUCUGGCCUUAUGUUUCUUAGAAAGUAUGGUACCAGUGUCCUAAAA